AUGUUAGAUUUUCUUAUUAUUGGUGUCUUUUGUUUUUUUGUUUUUUGUUUUUGUCUUUUUUUGUCUUCUUUCUAUUGUCUUCUUCUCCUUAUAGUUUUUUUUUCUCUUUUUUUCUUUGUUUUGUUUUAUAUAUUUAUCUUUCUUAAUAUCUUUUCCCAACAAAACUUUAUAAAUGUUGAGUUGUUCGGAAUAUUUUCUACAUUUUUCUUUUUUAAUAUUUUCUUUCUUUCUUUCUUUUUUAAAACUUAUUCCUUUGCCUCAUUUAUUCCGUCCUUGUUCCCUUGUCUUUUAUUCCUUCGGAUUCCCCCCCACAUUUUUUCUAUCUUUCAUAUUUUUCUUCUUUGCUCCAUUUUCGCUUUCUUUCUUUUUUUUUUUUUUAACUAUAUAGUCAACAUUCAUUCCUUCGCGUCCUCUUUCUUUUCUUUAUUAAUUUUUUAUUUGUUUAUUUUCUUUCUUUCAUUUUUUCCCCUUAUCCUUUUCCAAUUUUCUAAAACCUUUUUUCGUGUUCUCUCUCUUUUUUUUUGUUUUGUUUCCUUGUUCAUUUGUUUAUUUCGUUUCGUUUCUUUCUUUCAUUUUUUCCCCUUAUCCUUUUCUAAUUUUCUAAAACCUUUUUUCUUGUUGUCUCUCUUUUUUUUUGUUUUGUUUCCUUGUUCAUUUGUUUAUUUCUCCAUUAAAUUUGGAUGGCUUCCGAUCCAUGUUUGUCUAUCGCCUUUUCUCUUUUUUCCUUUUUAUUUUCUCCCCACAACGUUCGUUCAUUUUUUUCAUUCUGUUUUAUUUCUUUUUCUCAUUUUUCUUUUCUUUUUGCUUUUUUCUUCUUCUUCUUCUUCUUUUUUCUCUUCCUUCAUCUCCACUCUAUCGAUUCCACAUGACAGAAAUGAUGAGGGCGUUCUCUGCUUAGGCCGUGACACACUAUCUAUCUAUCUAUCUAUCUAUCUAUCUAUCUAUCUAUCUAUCUAUCUAUCUAUCUAUCUAUCUAUCUCAAUUUUUCUUCAGUUUUUCUUUCUUUGUCUCUUUUUUUCUUUUUCUUUCUUUUUUACAUUUUCUUUCUUAGUUUUUCUCUAUUAUUUUCUUUCUUUUUUCUUUCCUUCUUACAUUUUCUUUUUUUUCUUUCUUUCUUUCUUUCUUUUUUCCUUUUUCUUUUGCUUUCUUUUUACAUUUUCUUUCUUUCUUAGUUUUUCUCUCUUAUUUUCUUUCUUUUUUCUUUCUUUCUUACAUUUUCUUGCUUUCUUUGUUCUUUUUCUUUCUUUCUUAAAUUUUCAUUUUUAUAUAUUUUUUACCUUUCCCUUUUUUUCUUCUCUUUCUUUCAUUUUCUUUCUUCUUUCUUUCUUUCAUUUUCUUUCUUCUUUCUUUCUUUCAUUUUCUAUCUUCGAUUUUCUUUUUCGUUCUUUUUUACAUUUUCUUUUCUGUUUCUUUCUUUCUUACAUUUUUUCUUCUUCUUUUUCUUUUUGUUACAUUUUAUUUCUUAGUUUUUUCUCUCUUAUUGUUUUUCUUUUUGCUUGUUUCUUUGUUUUUUUCUUUCUUUCUUACAUUUUCUUCCUUUCUUUCUUACACUUUCUUUCUCCCUUUUUCUUUUUUCUUUCUCACAUUUUCUUCCUUACAUUUUCUCUCUUAUUUUCUUUCUUUUUUCAUUUUCUUUCGUUCGUUCUUUCUCGCUCAUUUACUUCAAAGACGCAAAGAAAAAACAGGAAUAGGAUUUUCUUUUCUUUUUUCUUUGCUUUUUCUUUUUUCUAUUCUUUUCUUUUUAUUUUCUUUUUCUUUUCUUUUUCUUCUUUCUUUUCUUUUUCUUCUUUCUUUUCUUUUUCUUCUUUUCUUUUCUUUUUUCUUUCUCUUUUCUUUUUCUUUUUUUUCUUUUCUUUUUCUUUUUUUCUUUACUUUUUUUCUCUUCUUUUUUCUUUCUUCUACGAUAUACAACCCUCUUUUCCACCAUUCUUCUCCAACAACUUUUUCUUCUCUCUUCCUCCUCCUCCUCGCACUCACUAUCUCUACCCCUCCCACCCUCUCUCUGUACCCACUUCUCACAUUCUGCUUUGUUUCCUACCACACUUGUCUUUUCUGAUCGCGCCAGCCGAGCUUGAAAUCGCCCGCUCCCUGCCGGAAUUUAACGCUCUGCCUGCACGCACGCGUACGCGCAAACGUGAACCUGCUCUAAUGAUAAGCAUAUAUGCCUGUCACUCAGAAUGGAUCAGCCUAUCCUCUCUCUCUCUCACUAUCUCUCUCUAUCUCUCUAUCUCUCUCUAUCUCUCUCUAUCUCUCAAUGCAUUAUUUAAUCUAUCUACCUCAGUCUCUUCUUUAUCUAUCUAUCUAUCUAUCUAUCUAUCUAUCUAUCUAUCUAUCUAUCUCAGCAUUUUUGCAUCUAUCUAUCUCAGCAUUUUUGCAUCUAUCUAUCUCAGCAUUUUUGCAUCUAUCUAUCUCAGCAUUUUUGCAUCUAUCUAUCUCAGCAUUUUUGCAUCUAUCUAUCUCAGCAUUUUUGCAUCUAUCUAUCUAUCUAUCUAUCUCAGCAUUUUUGCAUCUAUCUAUCUAUCUAUCUAUCUCAGCAUUUUUGCAUCUAUCUAUCUAUCUAUCUAUCUCAGCAUUUUUGCAUCUAUCUAUCUAUCUAUCUAUCUCAGCAUUUUUGCAUCUAUCUAUCUAUCUAUCUAUCUAUCUCAGCAUUUUUGCAUCUAUCUAUCUAUCUAUCUCAGCAUUUUUGCAUCUAUCUAUCUAUCUAUCUCAGCAUUUUUGCAUCUAUCUAUCUAUCUAUCUCAGCAUUUUUGCAUCUAUCUAUCUAUCUCAGCAUUUUUGCAUCUAUCUAUCUCAGCAUUUUUGCAUCUAUCUAUCUCAUCAUUUUUUGCAUCUAUCUAUCUAUCUCAGCAUUUUUGCAUCUAUCUAUCUAUCUCAGCAUUUUUGCAUCUAUCUAUCUAUCUCAGCAUUUUUGCAUCUAUCUAUCUAUCUCAGCAUUUUUGCAUCUAUCUAUCUAUCUAUCUAUCUAUCUAUCUAUCUAUCUAUCUAUCUCAGCAUUUUUGCAUCUAUCUAUCUAUCUAUCUAUCUCAGCAUUUUUGCAUCUAUCUAUCUAUCUAUCUAUCUCAGCAUUUUUGCAUCUAUCUAUCUAUCUAUCUAUCUCAGCAUUUUUUGCAUCUAUCUAUCUAUCUAUCUCAGCAUUUUUGCAUCUAUCUAUCUCAACAUUUUUGCAUCUAUCUAUCUCAGCAUUUUUGCAUCUAUCUAUCUCAAGUGGAACGAGAACAUUGGAACGGGAACAAUGGAACGAGAACAAUGGAACGGGAACAGUGGGACGGGAACAGUGGAACGGGAACAGUGGAACGGGAACAGUGGAACGGGAACAAUGGAACGAGAACAGUGGAACGAGAACAGUGGAACGGGAACAAUGGAACAGGAACAAUGGAAUGGGGGAACAGUGGUGGAGUGGAACGGGAACAGUGGGACGGGAACAAUGGAACGAGAACAAUGGAACGGGAACAGUGGAACAGAACAGUGGAACGAGAACAGGAACGGGAACAAUGGAACAGGAAGAGGGGAACGAGAACAAUGGAACGGGAACAAUGGAACGAGAACAAUGGUGGGACGGGAACAAUGGGAGAACAGUGGGAACGGGGAACAGUGGGACGGGAACAAUGGGACAGGAACAGUGGAACGGGAACAGUGGAACGAGAACAGUGGAACGGGAACAGUGGAACGGGAACAGUGGAACGGGAACAGUGGAACGAGAACAGUGGAACGGGAACAGUGGAACGAGAACAUUGGAACGGGAACAAUGGAACGAGAACAUUGGAACGAGAACAUUGGAACGGGAACAAUGGAACGAGAACAAUGGGACGGGAACAAUGGAACGGGAACAGUGGGACGGGAACAAUGGAACGAGAACAGUGGAACGUGAACAGUGGAACGGAACAAUGGAACAGGAACAGAACAUUGGAACAGGAACAAGUGAGAACAAUGGAACGGGAACAGUGGAACGAGAACAAUGGGAACAAUGGAACGAGAACAGUGGAACGGGAACAAUGGAACAGGAACAGUGGAACAGGAACAAUGGAAUGGAACAGGGGAGGGGGAACGAGAACAGUGGAACGGGAACAGUGGGACGGGGAACAGUGGGGACAGUGGAACAGGAAAUGGAACGGGAACAAUGGAACGAGAACAUUGGAAUGGGACAACGAGAACAAUGGGACGGGAACAAUGGAACGGGAACAGUGGGACGGGAAAAUGGAACAGGAACAAUGGAACAGGUGGAACGGAACAAUGGAACGGGAACAAUGGAACGAGAACAUUGGUGGAACAAUGGAACGAGAACAAUGGAAGGAACAGUGGGACGGGAACAAUGGAACGAGAACAGUGGAACAGGAACAAUGGAACAGGAACAGUGGAACGAGAACAAUGGAACGAGAACAAUGGAACGAGAACAAUGGAACAGGAACAAUGGAGGAGAACAUUGGAACGGGGAACAAUGGAACGGGAACAGUGGAACGGGAACAAUGGAACGAGAACAAUGGAACAAUGGAACGAGAACAGUGGAACGGGAACAGUGGAACGAGAACAGUGGAACGGGAAAUGGAACGGGAACAAGAACGGGAACAGUGGAACAGGAACAGUGGGACGGGAACAAUGGAACGAGAACAGUGGAACAGUGGGGGAACAGUGGAACGGGAACAAUGGAACGAGAACAAUGGAACGGGAACAGUGGAACGGGAACAAUGGAACGGGAACAGUGGGACGGGAACAAUGGAACGAGAACAAUGGAACGAGAACAAUGGAACGGGAACAGUGGAACGGGAACAAUGGAACGAGAACAGUGGAACGGGAACAGUGGGACGGGAACAAUGGAACGGGAACAGUGGAACAGUGGAACGGGAACAAUGGAACGAGAACAGUGUUUUCAUUUCUAUCUAUCUAUCUAUUCCUGAAAUGCGUCUGGGAAACGUCAAUUUAUUGCACAAGAUUAUAGAAAGAAAAAUAUAUUCACUGUAUGCUUUAGCUUCAUUACUUUCUCUUUCUAUCCUCCUCUCGCUCUGUUCCUCUCACUCUCUUUACUUUACUUUCGUCAUUCUCUCAUAUUUCCCAUGUUUCUUUCCUUCCUUUUAUUCUGUAUUCGCUUCCUAUAUCAAUUUUCUGAUUUAA